AUGACCUACUUACAUCGUGAUUUCCCACAUAUCAAGACAACCAACACUUCCUUUCUCCAGCGUUCCUACUUUGCACCUUUCGUCUUCACCAUCGACCUGGCUGUUUACCAGAACGAGCCCUUUUCUGACAAGGCAGUUCAUCAGGGUGCACGAGGAAACAGCGACACCUCGUACUGGGAACCGCGCAUCGCUCGCAGCCUGGAAGAAUUGUGUCGGUCCGCGCCUGGCUACCAGAGGGUCACUUCCAUUCGACAGGAGUCUUUCGAAGCUGCCCAGCUGAGUCAACCACAACUCGGGCGGCGGCCCAAAUUUCCCGAGGAUUUGAGUCGACUGGUGAAGUUUAAAGUGAAACUACUCUCCACAGGCCACGGAAACAGCCUGCAGGAUACGAAGGAACUCAUUCAGAACCGUCUGGAGGAGGGCUAUCUAUCAGGCGUUGGCUCUAUAGAACCCAGUUUCAGUUCUAUAGAACUGUCGCAGUACCAUAUGCCAGGUAAGUUAUUAGACAGUUGCUAA